AUGAUAUCUGCUUCGUCUCCCGUCAUAUAUCCAGCCAGCUCCUCCCCAGUGGCAGCGGCAAAGCGCACGAAACCACAUCCUGAUCCCAACCCUCGAUCCCGUGCGAAAACCGGCUUCCUCGUUGACGAUGACUCCGACGAUGAAGAUGUGCUGCCAGAGCCAGCAACGAAAAGACGGAUGCUUACCAGCCCUAGUGACCAAGCAACCGUAGAGUAUACCGAGCCAUCUUCACCUCGGUCAACAAUUCCCAAUCUUGACUUUAAGAAAGUGAGUUCGGUACCUCCCGACACCAUUUCACAGCCGAGCGAAGACGUCAAUAGGAGCCAGCCUUCUAUAACGAGCACGUUGUUCCAAUCGGGCAACGUAUCCUCUAUAUUUGAACGAUUUGCCUCUCGUCAAGCGCAAAGCACAUUUAAGAUCACUACCUGUUCAGGUAAUAUAGUCAACGUCAAGCAGCGGAAGACCAAUGCUGGGGUGUCUUAUGAAAGGAUAGUUGCCGCGCGGUCGAAAACAAAAGAGGGUCGAGCAAAGAAGAGUUACUAUGGCAUCGAGAUGCACGAGAUAAUAGAGGCUGCUUCUAAGGAACUCGCCAAUAGGACUUCGGGUUCUGAUAUAGUUUCGGAUCAGCCGAUAACUUCCGUAGAAGCUGUCAAGAAACCGAAAAAGGCGCUCUUGUGGACUGAGAAAUACCGAGCGAGGAACUUUACAGACUUAGUGGGCGAUGACCUUACGAACCGGCAAGUCUUACGUUGGCUAAAAAGAUGGGAUCCGAUAGUUUUUCCGGGAACAGCAAAAUCGAGGACUGCUACGAGACGACUAGGCGCAAAAGCGGGAGCCGAAGAAGAAAAGCCGCACCGGAAAAUCUUGAUGCUCACCGGCCCUCCUGGACUAGGGAAAACCACGCUCGCUCAUGUUUGCGCGAAGCAGGCGGGCUACGAAGUAAUGGAGAUAAAUGCUAGUGAUGACCGCAGUCGGGAUGUCGUUAAAAACAGAAUUCGCACCAGUUUAGGGACGGAAAACGUCAAAACUGUGCAGCAAAAGCCCCAGGAUGGGAAACAACAAAAAGUUGCACGUCCCGUGUGCGUAGUUGUUGACGAAGUUGAUGGUGUCGUGACCGGCUCUGGUGGUUCUGGAGAAGGUGGAUUUAUUAAAGCCCUUAUGGACCUGAUUACGCUUGGAGAGAAAAAUGCAUCCGGGCAAGAUGACACUUCUCAACAGUCAGGGCGUCGUAAAAAGAAAGGGGAUGAUUUCCGCCAAAUGCGGCCUCUUAUUCUAAUCUGCAAUGAUAUUUAUCAUCCGUCACUCAGACCUCUACGGCAGUCAAAUCUGGCUGAAGUUAUCCACGUUGGCAAACCUACUAUUGACGCGGUUGUGACUCGUCUCAAAACAGUGUUCGAGAAAGAGGGUAUUCCGUGCGAAAAGGACGCCGCGAGAAAGCUAUGCGAGGCAGCAUGGGGCAUGAGCAGUGGUAUGGACGCAAAGAAGGGCGCAGAGAGCACAGCUGAGGGAGAUCUACGAGGUAUUAUGGUCGUGGGCGAAUGGGUUGCGGGCCGUGUCAGGUCUGCGUCGCCCAAAGGUCCACUGAGUUUAACACGGCAAUGGGUUGAACGGAAUAUCGUCCAUGACCUGUCCCAUGGCGGUGGUGGUGCAAGAGGCGUAGGGCGUGGUAACGUAAGGGAUAUCGUCACGCGCAUCUUUCAAGAUGGCGCUGGGUUCCCAAAGAACAACGUACUCAUCACGGCACCCGUCUCGAAAUUCCAAAGCGAGCAGCCGCAAGCACAGCUGGGGUUCUCAGAGCAGCAGAAAAAAUACGGGAUGGAGCGCCUGAGAGAGAUGGUCGAGACUAGCGGCGAUGUGGACAGAGUAAUGACGGAGGUCUUUUUGGACUAUCCGAACCACGAGUUCAAUGACGACUCAUUCCUGUCUAAGCCCGACUGCGCUUACGAGUGGAUGCAUUUCCACGACGCGUGUUCGUCGAGGUUGUUCGGAAGCCAAGACUGGGAGUUAGCCCCUUACCUUAGCCAACCUAUUCUCGCAUGCCACCAUUUAUUCGCAUCGCCCAUCCGGCGCGCCAAUCUAGCUUACAACCAGAAGUGGGGCGGGGGUAAUGCUGAGGAUGAUGCUCCGCCGCUACCUUUCUCAGGUCCGAGAGCAGACUUCGUCGCUCGCGAGACCGGGAAGGAGAACCGCGCGAUACUCCAAGCAAUGCAGGCCCAGCUACCGCCGACGCUCAUGCGCUCUUUCCGCAGUGCUGAAGAUAUUGCCACGGACUUCCUGCCAUAUCUCAUUCGCCUUGUGUCUCCAGAUGUGAAACCCGUUGUCGUUGGGGGUAGUGGGGAUCAACGGAGCACGGCAAGUGUCCGGAAGGACACAGAGAAGGCUAUGGUAAAGCGAGCCGCUGAUGUGCUAGCCGAAGUCGGCAUCGAGCUUCAAAAGGGGAAGAUAGAGAGCGAGUCCCCCUUCAGUAGAGGUCCGGAGUGGGUUUACCGCAUGGAACCCGACCUCGACGUCCUCGCCACUUUCGAAACAUCUGCGGCCGUCAUGCACGGCACACAAGCCCCGACACGCUACGCCGUGCGGCAGGUGCUAGACCAGGAAUUACAGAAAGCUAAACUGCAGCGGGAGAAGUUGGCCCGACAGGCACGCUUCCGAGGCAGCGACCUGCACGGCACAACACCUGAGGACACCUCCUUCAUAUUCAACGACAACAAGGAGAAUAAUAAGACAUCGAAAGUGCCGGGGUUACCUAUACUCGGCGUGAAGAAGGACUUCUUCGGACGCGUCAUCGAGAAGACAGAUCCUCGCCCUCUAAGGGAGACCGAUGCCAACGGUAGGCCUAGGAGCAAGGCCGGCGGAGAAGGGCAAGAAAAGGGCGAGGCUAAGAUCUGGGUUACGUUUCACGAAGGCUUGAAUAAUGCCGUGAGGAAGCCUCUAUCGUUAGAUGAACUGCUUAGGGGUCUGUAA